GAUGAGAUCAUUGAGCUCCAUCGAGCUGCACUACUGCGUCCCCCCGGUCACCCUGAUCGAUCCAUGUCUUUCAAUAAUCUUUCUGCCGGCUUGAGAGACAGACCUCCGCAACAGUACGUCCCGUCUGACAUCGAUGAGCUUGGCGGUACUGCACUACUUCUCCGUCCCCUCGGUCAUCCUGAUCGGUGUCUCUCGACAAUCUUGCCAUCGACCUUUAAACUAGAUUUUUUUUCAGAUGCGGGACGCCUCGGCUGA